AAGAGUUAUACGUUUGAGUGACAUGGAGGAUAUAUUAACUAAUGAAAAUAAUGAUUCAACUUUAUCUAGCAGUAUUACACCUAAUGACUCUGCAAGUCAAUGUAAUGAACAAUUUACAAAAAAGUUUUCAACUACUACAUUACGAAGGCAUUUAAAAAGAAAGCAUG